ACUUCCGUAUUAGGCAAUCGAAGCUGCGACGCCAUCGAUCGAUUUCUUGGAGUCUCCCUCGACCUCUGAAAACCUUUCUCCCCCAAUUUAGUCAGGCUCGCUGCUUUGGAUUUCGUUUCUAGGGUUCCGAUCCAGGGAGCGAGGCCGCUCGAGAGGGAGGUAUGGAUUGGGGAAGCGUGACCGCGGAGGAUCUGUUCAACGCCCUGCGUGAAGUUGAGUGGUCCUCGCCGCCGCGCUCCAUCUCGGAGUUCUUCUCCCGAUUCACCGUCCCCAGAUCCUACUCUAAAUGGAGCAGUCGACUUAAGUGCAAUCUUUACUACUACAGAACGAAUUACUUCAUCCUGAUCUUUUUUGUUCUUGCUGUGGGAUUUCUUCUGAAGCCUCUUGCUGUUGUUGCAGCCUUUCUCACAGGUUUAAGCAACGCAUUUUUAAACGAUAGCUUUGCCGUAACUUUUAAUGAGAAAGUAACAAGGGCUGUCAGACAGUUUUCUCCCCAUCUAGCUGCAAAGUUGAGACCCCCUAUUGCGCCAGUAAUUGGUGGAAGAUCAUCAACAAAAAGAGCAAUCCAUAUAUGUGGUCGGCCUCGCUGGGUAUUUGUCCUAAUAUCCUCAGCUGCUAGUUGCAUCCUCUGGUUGACCUCCUGCAACCUCCUUUCAGUACUUUGGGCAUUCGCCAUUGGGCUGCUUGCAACAAUACUUCAUGCAAGCUUCAGAUCACCAAACCUGAAAGCACGCCUCAACACAUUCCGAGAGGAGUUUCGAGCAGUGUGGCGCAAUUAUAGCGAGCUAUAAUGACUGAGGAUUCGGCUUGAAACUUUCUACUUUCUAGUGAUGGUUGCCUUUCCUCCAAGAUGGUCAUUUUAGUUGGAUGGUACAAUCAUGUACAGAAGCUGGUACGAUACGUGCUGCCUUGCCAAUUGCCAUCGUCUUAUUGUAGUGCAAACUGACAAGUGAUAACCUAAAAUGAUUACUUUGUAAGCUCUGAUUUUAGAAGGGAACUUUGCCAUUGCC